CUACUUUUACGCAUGGCUGAUCAGUUUUGCGUACGAUCAUUCACAUCAUUUUUCCACAGCCAGUGCUAGAGAUUAGCUGUAAUAAAAUACAAUUUCAACGACCAUCAUUCGACCUGCUGCUAACAGCUGUUCCAUCAAGUAGUGCGAUCCAAGCACCGUGUUAAUGCGGUGGUACAAACAAGUGAUACCACCAACCACCGGCACCUCGACGCACAAAUGGCAAACAAACGAAGGCCAAUCCACACACCAACCUCUGCCGGACCCGGAAAUGCAACCCGGCCACAGAUGAACUUCCGGCAGGGGGUUAACGAUACGACCGCACGCAGUGAAGCCAAAGGCACCCGGCCGACCGCAACGCCCACCUCGAUCAAAGAGGUGCUCACCAUGAUGGUGCUGCAUGUGUGCAAAAAGAUCAUCUUCUUCGACACCAGCCUUAAAGUUCCUUUGUACUUGGGCUCUUUGUUCAUCGUGUCCCUGAUUGGGGAUUUCCUGCCCUUCCCCAAGACCUACCUCGCGCGAACCGACAAUCUGUUCAACGUGUACUUCGUCAAACUCGGCUGGGCGUGGACGCUGCUGUUCUGCUUGCCAUUUCUCGCCAUGACGUCGGUUACACUGUGCUGCGGCAACAGUCAGCGCCUGUUGCGGAAUCACAUGCCACGGCUCGGCAUAGCAACCGUGCUGUGGUUCGUGUGGACCAAGUUAUUUAACAUCAUCGAAACGAGUUACGGGCGAUGUAGUGCCCGUGGAUUUGAUGCCAAAUCGAGCUGCCUCAAGGCGGGACAUCUGUGGAACGGAUUCGACAUUUCCGGCCACGCGUUCAUCCUCAUUUACGCGAGUCUGGUGCUGAUGGAAGAGGCCCGUCCGAUCAUUGGCUGGGAAAGCAUCAAGGAUCUGCUGCGCAAUGAGGAACACAAUCGCAGCAGCAACGAUAGCUCGCAAACGUCCAACCCACUGAAGAGUCUGAAGGAUGAAGACCUAAAGACUUUGAAAUAUUUCUACAACCGGUUUACGCCUACCAUUCGGUUGCUGUUCGUUGGCAUGACGAUGCUACAGCUGCUGUGGGAUGUAAUGCUCGUGGGAACGAUGCUGUACCAUCACCGCAUGGCGGAAAAAGUGCUGAGUGGCAUCAUAGCCGUCGUGUGCUGGUUUGUAACGUAUCGUGCCUGGUACCCAAUCCCGACCGUGCUACCUGAUCCGGUCGGAAAAGGCCUUUUCAACUACCAAUCCAUCACGCGACCGGAAAGUGGCCUGCGCCGAAGGGCCAGUCUCCUUCAGAAUUCCUCGAGCUCAGCUUCCGGUACCGGUUCCGGUGGCCAAAGUUUGGGAGGCGGUGCGAGCAGUAGUAAAGAGAUUCCCCGAUUUAUGGGAAUGCCAUUGUACGCCGCCCGGCAGCCCUACAAUGCUGGUUCGAGUGCGGCCGGGUCCGGUGCUUCGCCACUGGAGACAGGGAGGGAACCACAGGGAGCAGCGUUCAUCUAGUGAAAAUCGACAGUUAAAUUUAAGCGUUACCUGACAAAGAGCUUCCAAGGAUGCCUGCCUAUGCUGAAUCAAAGCUAGAUUUAAAUGUUCUCUAAAAACCGCUAGCAGGAUUGCGUUGAUAGUGAAGGCCAGACAAAAGAACAUGAGGCUGUUAGGAGAUAGUGAGAACAACAUGUUGUUAUUGAAUCGUCUCGAAAUUGUGUAAAACUAUUUGUUUCCGUGUGUAAAGCACGUGUUCCGUGUACUGUAGUGUUUUCUGUCCGGUGUUUAGGUAUCAAAUUCUUUAUUCUUCGUUAAAUUGUGGUUUACUAGUUUUUAAAAAAAUUCUAAACAGAAAAAUAAUUAUUUUUAUCUUCGGUUUAAAGGUUACGUUUAUCUACUUAUGGAAACUUUUGUUGCAAAUAUUUAUUUGAUACCGUUGGUUCAUUUUCCGUUUGUAUGUCACAAAGUUAUGUUUGGUUUAUAUUAUUCUUUUACGGUUUGUUAAAUUUGCCCAACGACCAAAUACACGAUUUUGGUAAAUUACUCGUUUUUAAUUGUUUCAUGUUGUAUCACACCGAAUGCAAUUUGAUUAAUGAAAGUUUUGAUGUUGUUUGUGCAUGUACUGUUGUUGUUGGUAAGAUUAACUUAUUAGCCCUAAGUUCCGGAGAAGAAAGGUUUAUAAGAAGAAUUCAAACAAUUAUACAGUUCAUUCCACAAGAGAAAACAUUUUACAAAGUUCAUUAUUUAUAAGAACGAUUCUCUGGCCAAAGAUCGAAAAAAUAGAACAGAGUUGGUAGAAAUUCGUCAAAAUGGUUGAUUUUUGUAAACAAAAUGGCAACAAAACUGUCACACUCGUGUUCAGUUAUAUGUGGCA